CCUCUACAUCUCUCUCUCCUUUUAUUUGCCCUCUUAUGUUAGUUAUUUGUUGUUUUACUUUCAAUAACACAUUCACAUGAAACAUCCUUCCAAAAUGCACAACCUCUUCUCAACAAUUCUCAUCAUUUUCCUAACUUGCUACUCUUUUGAUUCAUCUUUCGCGUUAGGUGAAGGGACCGAUUUCACGGGCGGAUGGAAACAAAUUCCAAAUGUGACUGAUCCCGCGAUCGUGGACAUAGGAAAGUUCGCGGUGGAUGAGCACAACAAAGAGAAGAAAUUGUCUCUAGUUUUUGGAAAGGUGGUCAUGGGUGAGAGCCAAGUCGUGGCGGGAAUGAAUUACAAUCUCACGAUCACCGCUAUGAAUGCGGGUGUUGAGUAUAAUUAUUUGGCUCUUGUUUGGGAUAAGCCUUGGCAGAAAUUUAGGCAGCUUACGUCCUUUAAUGGACCUGUUUGAUGAAAUAAAGUAACGUUGUAUGGUUUUAGAAUAAUGUUACGUUUUUGUUUGGUACUCUUGUAUCAAUAUAUUAAAUAAACGAGAUGGUAGUGGCAUGAUAA